AUUGUUUGACAGUUAAAGCUAAGUAUACUGUAGAGAGACUAUUACUAAACACAAGGCACUGCCUCACCCAACAGCUGGAACAUUUUUAUUGGUCUCCCAGCUCCUGGCUCUGCAUCACAGCGAUAAACACAAACACAUCUGGUAAUAUUCACAGUACACUUCAUACACUGCUGCAGACCACCGUGCUGGUCUAUUGAUUUUGAUCUUGUAACUUUAAAACACUAACAGAACUAUUAUUAUUUAAAAUAGACAAAGCUUGAACUUUAUCAUCAUUUGUACUGUACUUUUCACAGCGUCUGUUAUGUAAUAUCCCAUUUUCCCAUAGUAUGAGUUUGUGAACAAGUGAUGCGUCACCGUUUCAGCUGUGCAAUGCUGUUGCUCAGACUUGAAUAUGAUGACAUCAUGGUGAAAGUAUUUUUUGGCAGUGUACUUGCUUAAACAGGGCGGAUGUUAUGGACUAUGAUUCACUGUGCUGCACAUUUCUCUGCAGCCUUUCUCUUGGAGAAUGCUAUCUCACCCGAUUAUUGGAAAAUUAUGUAGGAAAGUUUGUGCGCUCGUAUGCAGAAAAAAGACUUGGAUCAAUCUGAAAAAUGCCCAUGGGUCAUAAUUUCUCUACUGUGACCAACAUGCUCCAGAUGUGCGUGACGUUCUGUUUGCUGUCAGUCGUCGUCUCCCAGUCGACCAAUUCCACGUCCAAGAGAGGUCGCAACAUCACCAUCCACUCCUCCCAGCUUGUUUGCAGCUUGCCAGGCCCGGCUGGGCCCGCAGGGACCCCGGGUGUCCCCGGGUCGCCGGGGACACAGGGACCCCAGGGGACCCCGGGGAAGGAUGGCCCGGAUGGGAAGGAUGGGCAGAAGGGAGGAAAGGGAGACAGAGGUGAUCCAGGGAGGACUGGGAACCAGGGCAAGCCAGGUGUAAAAGGCCGUGAGGGGGUUAUUGGCAAGGCUGGACCUCGUGGACUGAAGGGGCAACGUGGGACACCGGGGGUGGCUGGAAAACGGGGACCGAAGGGAGAGCUGGGCGACGUGGGCCAGGAAGGAGCUCCUGGAGGCUGCAACUGCGGCAGCCCAGCUCGCUCUGCCUUCUCUGUGGCGGUGACAAAGAGCUACCCUAAAGAGCGAAUGCCCAUCCGCUUCAGCCGGAUCCUGCUGAACGAGGGGAAUCACUACAACGCCAGCAGUGGGAAGUUCGUCUGUGCCAUCCCCGGAGUUUAUUACUUCACCUAUGAUAUCACUCUUGCAAAUAAGCACCUGGCCAUUGGGCUGGUGCACAACGGACAGUACAAGAUCAAGACAUUUGAUGCAAACACAGGGAACCAUGAUGUGGCGUCUGGUUCUACUGUUCUCCACCUGCAGCAGGAAGACCAGGUCUGGCUGCAGAUCUUCUACUCCGAACAGAACGGACUCUUCUUUGACCCUUUCUGGACAGACAGCACCUUCACCGGCUUCCUCAUCUACGCUGACCAGGAGUUUCUCAGUGAAGCUGAUAGGAAAGCAAAUGCUCAGGGUGACAGUUAAUACAGUCAUCCUGAUAUAUCUUUGUUUUGAUUUCAUAAUUAACUUAAUUUCAUUUCAAAAUGUUGUUUUAAAAAAAUCCAUGUUGAGAAGAUUUCAUCAUAGUUGAAGGCUUCAGGAAAGUUCAGUUGAUGAACAAGUUCUAACACCAGGGGGCGCAGGAGCAGAGAAGACAUCCUACAACAUUAGAAAAAAACACUUAUUGCAAUAUCACUCAUGGUGCAAUAAUUCUGACAUCUUUUUAUCUUUUUUUUAAUGUCCAAGAACUAACUCUUCUAAUAAUAUAUCAAUGACAAGUUAAUACUUAGUUUAGUACUUAUUGUUUUGGGGGGAACCUUUUAGGAUACUGUAAUUUAUAUAUUUACAUUUUUUGACAUACAGUGGUGAAUUUAAAUUUUGACAAAACUAAUAACGAUUUACAUGCUCUCAGCAUGCAUCACUACAGUAUUUCUAUAGUAUUUUUCUUCAGUAUUUGUAACAGUUGGAUAAUUAUCUUUUGUUAUUUUGUUAUUCUGCUCAUUGUUGUUACCUUCCCCUCUGUGUCUUUGUUUAGCAAUUUCAUAGCCUGUCUAGAAAAAUAAUUGAGGAAAGUACAUUUUUAAAAUCUUAUUCGUCCAUGUAAACGGUGGUCCUGUCAAUCAAACGUUUUCUGGUGAAAAAUAGGCCUACGCAAUUUCAGAAAUGUGCUAAAAAGCCAAGUUAUAAAAUAACAAUUGCAGGACAAAAAAACGGGGGGAAAUGAAGUAAAUAAAAUAUAAUUCACACGUAUAUAAAUAAACUGACCAUGUUUUGCUCAAA